UACCAAGUCUGGAAGUUGCUAGGGAGUCAUCUAGCCACUCACUGCACCACUGCUCCCGCGGGAUUCGACGUGAGUGUGGGAAAUCUCUGGAGAGGCAGCCUUCUGUGUUAGCACGUUUCUCUCUGAGCCCUUUGAGACAUAAGAUCCGCCAUGCUUGGAGCUGCCUAGCCCAGGAUGGGUGAGAUCUGAGAUUUGUGUUCACACUGUGUCUGCUAGGACCAGGCCCCUGCUGUUGGCCCUUGGUGCCCUCAGGGCUGCUGUGGUUCUCGUGGCCCUGAAGAAAAUGAGCGUCAAAAAGAAACAUCAUUGUAUCACCUUACAGGACCCUGAAGCCAAGUACUCCCUGCCCUUGAUUGAGAAGGAGCAAAUCAACCACAACACCCGAAGGUUCCGCUUCGGACUGCCCUCACCGGACCAUGUCUUAGGACUUCCUGUAGGUAACUAUGUCCAUCUCUUGGCCCAAAUUAACAAUGAAUUGGUGAUCAGGGCUUACACGCCUGUCUCUAGUGAUGAUGAUCAAGGCUUUGUGGACUUAAUUAUAAAGAUCUACUUCAAGAAUGUGCACCCAAAAUAUCCUGAAGGAGGAAAGAUGACUCAGCACUUGGAGAACAUGAAAAUUGGGGACACCAUUCUUUUUCGGGGGCCAACAGGGCGCCUGUUCUACAAUGAGCCAGGGACCCUUACAGUCAAAACAGGCAAAACAAGUGAGCCCGAAAAGAAGCUGGUUCAUCACCUGGGCAUGAUUGCAGGUGGCACAGGCAUUACCCCCAUGCUGCAGCUCCUUCGUCACAUCACCAAGAACACCAGCGACAGAACCAGGCUCUCUCUCCUCUUUGCCAACCAGACAGAAGAGGAUAUCCUGCUGAGAAUGGAGCUAGAAAAGAUCGCCACAACUCACCCUGACCAGUUCAACCUGUGGUACACCCUGGACAGACCUCCCGAUGGCUGGAAGUACAGCUCGGGCUUUGUUACUGCUGACAUGAUCAAGGAGCAUCUUCCUCCCCCUGGGGAGGCCACACUCAUCCUGGUCUGUGGCCCACCACCUCUGAUCCAGGAGGCAGCUCACCCCAGCCUGGAGCGGCUCGGCUAUACCAAGGACAUGAUCUUUACCUAUUAACACCCUCCCACACUCUUUAGCGGGUCCCUCUGUUUCAGAGUGAGUUUGGCUUCACCCUGUAUUUCCAAAGCGUCUCUCCAUGCGCCCUCAGGCAUGGUGUUCUCUUGGU